AUCUCAAACCACGCAACACUGGUAUAUAUAUUUCUCAUCCAAUACUAGGGCUAGGGUUUCCGAUUUUCGUCUUCAUACACCAGUGUUCAGAACAAAGCUUCGAUCGAAAAUGGUGAAGGGUCGCCAAGGAGAGCGCGUCAGGCUUUAUGUGCGAGGCACAGUUCUUGGAUACAAAAGGUCGAAGUCGAAUCAGUACCCAACCACUUCUCUGGUUCAGAUCGAGGGUGUGAACACAAAGGAGGAGGUAGCAUGGUACUGCGGGAAGAAAAUGGCUUACAUUUACAAGGCCAAGGUGAAGAAGGACGGUAGCCAUUACCGUUGCAUUUGGGGAAAGGUUAUUAGACCUCACGGUAACAGUGGUGUCGUCCGUGCUAAGUUCACGUCAAACCUUCCUCCCAAAUCCAUGGGUGCUAGGGUCAGAGUCUUCAUGUAUCCCAGCAACAUAUGAGGUGUUCCUCAUUUAGAUGAUAGAGUGGACUACUGCAAGGAGAGACAACCGAGUUUUGGAUUUAUUUUUGUUUAAUAGACUUAAUUUUCCAGAUCUGUACUCAGCAAGAACGCUAGCUACUUAUUGUGCCUUUGUUAUUGUAUUGGUAUUGAUUUUCAGAUAUUUUGAUACAAUUUUUUGUUCCC